AUGCCGUCGGCGGCAUGCGUCGACGGCGCCGUCGAUUACAUCAGCGACCUCAGCGACGACCUUCUCCUCCACGUCCUCCGCUUGGUGUCUAAGGACGGUCGGGACGUGGUGUGCACCUCCGUGCUAUCGAGACGAUGGCGCAACCUGUGGACACGCGCCCCGGUGCUCCGUCUAGGGAACUGGAACCGCAAUGGCCAGAGCGCCAAGAAGAACAAUGCACAGUUCAACGACUUUGUGCAGAACGUGCUCGCACGGCGUGCUUACGGCGACACCGACAUCGAUACUCUCGAGCUGCGCGCCUGGCUCUGGCCGGGCAAGUCACGGGCGGAGUUGUGGCUCCGCCGCGCCAUGAGGCACACGGUGACAUCCUUGGUGUUCGAGCUGCCGGUGCCACGCCAACGGCGGAGGUGGAGGCGGAGGACGAAAUAUUCGGCGGAUAAGCUGCAGCCUCGGUUGAGCCUGCCUGGCAGCACGAGGCUGAAGACGAUGUCGCUGGAGCUAAACUCCGGCGUUCUCCUGCUCCCGCCGGCCGUCGAUUUCCACGCGCUGACGGAGCUGACUUUGCACACCAUAUGGUUCUCCGACGACGACGGCCCCCUCCUCGGCCACCUGCUGUCGUCGCCGUCGUGCUGCCCUAGGCUGCGGAAGCUGACUCUCUCGCACCUCCGCGGAUUGCACGACCUGCGGCUCCAUGGCGAAGCGCUCGAGACCCUGAAACUGGAUAGCCUCUGUGUUAGGAGGCUGGACGUUGACGCACCGCGGCUCUCGACCCUCGUAGUGGAGAAGUACUUCAUGCACCAAGAGCACAGCGAGCACACCAGCCUCACCGUCCAGGCGCCGGCUCUAGAGAAACUCGUUACCUCCCUCGCCCUCGGCUACAUCCAGCUCGAAAUCCAACAUUACACCAUCCAACUGAUGCAAGAAUGCCGGCCCAGCGACGCCCACGUCUUAUGCCUAUAUGUUCCAAAAGUGCUAACGAAAAGAGGGCAAGAUGAGGCAAUGACAGAGAUACCCCAGCUCCCCGGCGUCAGACAUUUGACCAUCAAGUUUUGCUCACACAACAGCCACUACCUGGGAGCAACAGUGAGUAGUCUCCUCGCGCGAUGCAGCAAUCUCGAAUACCUCCACAUAGACAACCUGAUUCACCUGUAUUCUGCUCGUUGCGAGGAGGGGUGUGGCGGUUGCGACCUCCCUGCGAGCUCGAAGGACAACGUCAUCUCGUUGGAGCACCUCCGCGAGGUGAAGUUGGGCGGCUUCUAUGCUCAAGAGUAUUGCUGCGUCGACAUGGUGGAACUGCUGCUCGCGAGCGCGCCAGCACUGGAGAGGAUGAUCGUGACCCCCAAGGCAUCUAGGGAAGGUUGGCGGUGCCCAAAUUUAGUGCUUAAGGAAUCGCCGGAGCAUAGCCUUCCGCGCGGAAGGGGGAAAUGGAUAGCCCACCGUGCUACUGACGAGGCGGCAAUGACGUUGGAGUAUGAGUGGACAUCACAGUUAUAG